GGAAACUUUUUUGUAUAUAAAUAGAAUCAUGUUUUCAGCACGCCGCGAAAGCAUGAUCGUGGUAUAGGUAUAUAUACAAUUCUAUUGCAUCAUGUUUUUAAUAUUUACAUUCUGUGGUAACUUAUUCUUCGUCUACUAUCUAGGAGUACACCUCUGUCUCGUACCAGGAUCUCUGAAAUCGCAACGAAUUUGAGGACAAGAUGUGUGGUAUAUGGGCUAUAUUCGGAAGUGAUGACGAUGUCGCCAUUCAGUGUAACGCGGCUCAUAAGAUUACACACAGGGGACCCGACGCCUUCCGAUUGGAAACCAUACAUCAUUUCCCUAACUGUGCUCUCGGUUUCCAUCGUCUGGCAAUUGUUGACGACUUGGCGGGAAUGCAACCCAUGAGAGUUUUUAAAUAUCCUCACAUCUGGUUGAUAUACAACGGAGAAAUAUACAACCAUAAACUGCUCAGAGAGCAGUUUAACUUUGACACGUCCACGGAGUGUGACGGCGAGGUUAUUAUUCACUUGUACGCGCGGGGCGGGGCGGAUUACGCGGCUAAACACCUGGAUGGCGUGUUCGCCUUCUUAAUAUUGGACACAGCAGAACGGAGGGUGUACGUGGGACGGGACACAUACGGGGUCAGACCCUCCUUUAAAGCCUACAUCGAGGACAGGGGAUUCCUCGCCAUCUGCUCGGAGGCAAAAGGUCUGAUGCCCUUAAAACAGGUUUCAGAAAGCGGUGUGCAUAUAACACAUUUCCCCCCUGGUCACGUGGAAGCGUACAGCCUCGAUUUGAGUGGACGGGCUACUUAUAUGAACACCACACGUUUUCAUAAAAUUGGCGAAUGUCCGACAUACAAAACAUUAGCCAGUCCUACAGAUGACGACAUCUAUGGCAGUAUACGCGAUCUUCUGGAUGCGGCGGUACACAAGCGAACAAUGGCGGAGAGACGAAUCGGCUGUUUGUUAUCAGGGGGCCUCGAUUCCAGUCUUGUGGCCUCUUUAUUUGUGAGGAAAGCUAAAGAGAUCGGUAUCAAAUAUCCAGUCCAAACUUUUUCUAUUGGCAUGGAGGGAAGUCCAGAUCUGUUAGCAGCCAGAAAGGUUGCUAAGCAUCUAGGAACUGAGCAUCACGAGGUUGUAUUUACCCCAGACGAAGGCAUCGAUGUUCUAGAAAGCGUCAUAUUUCACUUGGAGAGUUAUGACAUCACCACAAUUAGAGCUUCUGUCGGAAUGUUUUUACUAAGCAAAUACAUCAUGGAAAAGACGGACACUCGUGUGAUUCUGUCCGGGGAGGGUGCGGAUGAGGUGAUGCAGGGUUACAUCUAUUUCCACAAAUCCCCUACCGCAUCGGAAGCUGACACAGAGAGCAGACGCCUGUGCAAGGACCUGUAUUUGUACGACGUACUGCGAGGGGAUCGGUCCACUGCUGCCUGGGGGUUGGAAAUUCGAGUACCCUUCCUAGACCAUCGAUUAAACAGCUACUUCUUCUCACUGCCUCCGGAAGUUAGACAACCACGUGACAGCGUAGAAAAGUACAUUCUAAGGGCAGCAUUUGAUAAAUCGGAACUGUUACCACGUGAAAUCUUAUGGCGACCAAAGGAAGCAUUUAGCGACGGCAUCUCAAGUGUAAAAAGGUCAUGGUACGAGAUUCUCCAGGAUCAUCUUUGUGAUCAGAUAAAUGAAAACGAGUUGGAGGAAGCGUCUGCAAAGUAUCCGCACAACACGCCCCUGACAAAGGAAGCGUUGUACUACAGGAAAGUGUUCGAAAAGUUUUAUCCCGGGCGGGCUGAAUGGAUUCCGUAUUUCUGGAUGCCCAGGUGGACAGAGACCACCGAUCCCUCCGCCAGAACCCUGAAGCACUACAAAAAUGAUUGAUUGACAUGGGGCAUAGUGGCUAAACACCAUUUCUGUCCAGAUAUGCAAAUUCUGCAUUGCUUAUAAUUCAAUCAUACUCCUGUAUGUGCAUUCAGAAGCUUACAAAAAGGAAUACUUAAUUGAGAGAGAGAUAGAGAGAGAGAGAUAGAUUACAAUCUCUGAUGAGAAAAAAUGUGUUAGUUUUGUUUAUACUUGUAUAUAUAUACACAAUAUAUAUAUAUAUAUAUAUAUAUAUAUAUAUAUAUAUACUGUGGCUCAAUUUUCGUGGAAUUCGUGGGUACCCCUCGCCCACGAAUUUACAUCCUCAACGAAUAAAGAAUCAUAAUUACA